UAUUAUCUGCUUACAGGGCCUGCGGCCGCCAUCAUGGCUAGGGUGAAUAAGAUUAACGUCGCCGGCCGUGGAGGUUUCACCCGCCGCUGUGCUUCGCUGGUGCGCGAGCAGAGGGCCAGGAUCUACAUCCUCCGCCGCUGCGCCACCAUGCUAUUGUGCUGGUACAUCCACGGCGAUGACUAGCUACCUUCCCAUUUCCUUUACCCCUCUCAUACAAACAUAUAUAAAUAUGUAGUAUUCCAAGCCGCUCUGCCUCUUCACUUCUUUAGUGGUGGUUUCGCCUCUUUUUGGGCUUGGUUGGC